AUGGCCGGGCGCUGGCUCCUGCCCCUCGCCUGCCUGGCCGCGUCCUUGCUGCCCGCAGCCCCGAGCACACGCAGAGGAGAAGUCUGCGACUGCAACGGGAUGUCCAGGCAGUGCAUCUUCGACUGGCAGCUCCUGCGGGAGACGGGGAACGGGUACCGCUGCCUCGGCUGCCGGGGCAACACGGAGGGCGCCCACUGCGAGCGCUGCAAGGAGGGGUUCUUCCGCCGGCGGGAGCGGGAGUGCUGCCUGCCCUGCCACUGCCACCCCUGGGGCUCCCUCAGCACACAGUGUGACAACUACGGCCGGUGCAGCUGCAAGCCCGGCGUGAUGGGGGACAAGUGUGACCGCUGCCAGCCGGGCUUUGAGCCCCUGUCCGAGGCCGGGUGCCGGAGGAGCGGGCAGAGCCUGCAGUGCGAGUGUGACCCUGCCGGCAGCUCCGGGAACUGUCGCUCCGGCCGCUGUGUCUGCAAGGCGAGCGCUGCCGGGGAGCGCUGUGAGAGGUGCAAGCGACACUUCUACAACCUGGAUGCCAGAAACCCCAUGGGAUGCUCCCCCUGCUUCUGCUAUGGGCACUCGGCUACGUGUGUCAGCGCAGACAACCACAGUGUCCACAACAUCACCUCCACCUUCCAGCAAGGUGCUGAGGGCUGGCGAGGUGUCCAUGCAAGCAGCUCCCCAGCCCAGCUCCAGUGGUCCCCACGCCAUCGGGAUGCCUUCAUAGCGGCGAGGAGAUCGGAGCCCAUAUACUUCGUGGCACCUGCGAAAUUCCUCGGGAACCAGCAACUGAGCUACAGCCAGACGCUCUCCUUCGAUUACCGCCUGGACCGAGGGGGACUCCAGCCGUCUCCACACGAUGUGAUCCUGGAAGGAGAUGGCCUGAGAGUCACUGCCCCCUUCUUACCCCAGGGGGAGGUCCUGCCCUGCGGUGUCAGCCAUACAUACACGUUCAGAUUGGAUGAACACCCGAGCAGCAAGUGGAGCCCGAGGCUGAAUCACUUGGAAUUUCGUAGGCUGCUGGGAAACCUGACAGCCCUCUGGAUUCGAGCCACAUUUGGGGAGUACAGCACUGGCUACAUCGACAAUGUCACCCUGGUGUCGGCACAGCCCAUCCCUGGAGUCCCUGCUCCGUGGGUGGAGCGCUGCGAGUGUCCGGCGGCGUACGGGGGGCAGUUCUGUGAGAGAUGUGCCCCUGGCUACCGUAGAGACAGCCCUGGCCAAGGGCCCUUCAGCAUCUGCGUGCCCUGCGGUUGCCAGGGGGGAGGAAUUUGUGACCCUGACACUGGCGAAUGCUACUCUGGAGAUGAAAACGUGGGCAGCAGUGUCAGCUGCCCCUUCGGCUCCUACCACGACCCCCGGCAGCCACAUGGCUGCAGGACCUGCCCCUGCGGCCACGGCCAGGGCUGCUCCGUGGUGCCAGGCAGUGAGGAGGUCACCUGUGACCACUGCCCUCCUGGAGCUGCUGGGGACAACUGCGAGUACUGUGUUGAUGGUUAUUUUGGGGACCCAGUGGCUUCCCAGCCCUGCCAGCUGUGUCAGUGCAAUGGCAACGUGGAGCCCAACGCCGUGGGGAACUGCGACCGUCGGACUGGGGAGUGCCUCAAGUGCAUCCACAACACCACCGGCUUCUACUGCGACCGCUGCAAGGACGGCUUCUUCGGGAACCCGCUGGCCCCCGACCCCGCCGACAAGUGCAGAGCCUGCGCCUGCAACUCAGUUGGUGCUGAGCCCCUGAAGUGCAGGAGAGAUGGGAGCUGCAUCUGCAAACCCGGCUUUGAGGGUCCCAACUGUGAAGAGAGUGAGUGCCCGGCUUGCUACAGCCAGGUGAAAGCCCAGGUGGAUCUGUACCUGCAGCAGCUGGCAGAGCUGGAGCUGCUUUUCUCAGGGCUGCAAGCUGGUGGUGGGGCCCAGAGCCAGGAGCUGGAGAGGAGAAUGCAGGUGGCUGAGGAGAUGCUGCGGACCAUCCUCAGGGAAGCCCUGAGCCUGCAAGCUUCUUACAGGUCUCUGGAAGGCCGUGUGACCAGGAUGAAUGGGCAGGGUCCCAGCUCCCGGAGCCGCUUGGGCGAGAUCAAGGCGACGGUGGAGAGGCUGAGGUCUCUCGGGAGCCAGUACGAGAGGCAGGUGCAGGAGACCCGGCAGCUGCUGGAGAGAGCGAGGCUGGACCUGGAGAGCAGUGGAGCCACCCUCCGCCGGGUGGUGAGAGCAUUCGUGUGUGACACACUCCUAGUCUAGCUCAGGGUUGGAAAAAAAAAAAGCAUGGAGAGAGCAAGGAUUUAAGGAAUUCCAGAUAUUAUGUUUGUUUUGUGAGUGUAGAUGUUCUGGUGGCCCU